GCUCCUCCCCGGAUACUACUCGCUCGUGUGCCGUGUGUCCGCCUGCUGAUUUCUCUUCAACUUCCGGCGGCGCCAUCACUAGAGACUUAGACAUGCCGACCGGAGACUACGACUCCAAGCCCAGCUGGGCCGACCAGGUGGAAGAAGAAGGCGAUGAAGCAGAAGAUGCGGAACCUCUCCCUCUACCUCUCCCCGUUCCUAAGCUUGUCCUGGACACCCCCAAAGAGGUCAUCAAUGGAAAGAUCAAAACCAUCACCGAAUACAAGCUGGAUGAGAAUGACAAGAAGAUUAAGAUUAUACGAACCUUCAAGGUUGAGACCCUCAAAGCCUCCAAAGUGGUGGCCAGAAGAAAGGAUGGGGCUGAUAUUGAGGGCGGAGUGAAGCUCGAUGUAUCCGCCUGGGUGUUUGGUUGCCCCCAGGACACAUCGGCCUCAAUCCAGCCUCCAUCUCCGGACUCCAGUGUAAUAUCCUCCCGCGUGUAUCCGAAAUCCUUCUCCCUGAAACAUGUUAUCGGUCCGGCGCCAUCAGACGCCCACCUGACACGUGUCCUGGGUCAUACAGACGGCGCCAGUGUCUUCUAUCCGACCUCCGCCUUUCGCUUCAGUCUUCCCAGCCUGACUGUCCCUGGCCCCGCCCCUUUCAUCCAUUGGAUUUCGGCUCUGUCAAUCAUGAAGGUUAGGAGGUUGGGUUACCCCAAUGACUGUCUCCUUGAUGCUCUGCUUCUCUUCCAGGACCUAAAUAGCCAGGAGGAGGAAGACCCCAUGAACAAGCUGAAGGGUCAGAAGAUUGUGUCUUGUCGGAUCUGUAAGGGCGACCAUUGGACCACCCGGUGCCCAUACAAGGACACGCUGGGCCCCAUGCAGAAGGAGCUGGCCGAGCAGCUGGGUCUGUCCACAGCAGACAAGGAGAAGGUCCCGGGGGCCGAACCAGAACCGGCCCAGGCUCCGGUCAGCAAGACGGGGAAAUACGUUCCUCCCAGCCUGAGGCCCACAGCCGAUGACAACGCCACGAUCCGCGUCACCAACUUGUCUGAAGAUACGCGGGAGACCGACCUGCAGGAGCUCUUCAGACCUUUCGGAUCCAUCUCUCGAAUCUACCUGGCUAAAGACAAGACCACCGGGCAGUCCAAGGGAUUUGCCUUCAUCAGCUUCCACCGCAGAGAAGACGCCGCUCGCGCCAUUGCUGGCGUUUCCGGAUUUGGUUACGAUCAUCUUAUUCUGAACGUGGAAUGGGCCAAGUACGUUCUUAUUGGUUGUUGUGCGUUCUUGUGUGACCGUCCACCAACUGAGCGUGGAGCCCCAUCGUGUGAUUGGAGGACGGAAUCUAUUUCUUAUAUGUACUCGAUGCUAAUAAAAUAUCAGAAGGUCGGAGUUUUUGAGAUACGUGGAUACCGUCUGUCUUUAGAAGGCUCCACUGUGUGUAGUAUAAUUACAGGGGAGGCAUUGCAGGACCGCCAACAUAUCAACAUAAUCCACAUUUCUACACACAAGGGAAAGGAGUAG